AUGACAACUCUAGCUGGAGCUGUCCCAAGAAUGAUGCGACCAGCUCCCGGGCAGAACUACCCUCGCAGCGGAUUUCCAUUGGAAGUGUCUACGCCUUUAGGCCAGGGCAGAGUCAAUCAGCUCGGUGGAGUUUUUAUCAAUGGCAGGCCUUUACCCAACCAUAUCCGACACAAGAUAGUGGAGAUGGCCCAUCACGGGAUCAGGCCCUGCGUCAUCUCUCGCCAGCUGCGCGUGUCCCACGGCUGCGUCUCCAAAAUCCUCUGCAGGUACCAGGAGACUGGGUCCAUCCGGCCCGGGGCCAUCGGAGGCAGCAAGCCCAAGCAGGUGACAACGCCGGACGUUGAGAAGAAAAUCGAGGAAUACAAGAGGGAGAAUGCCGGGAUGUUCAGUUGGGAGAUCCGGGACAAACUGCUCAAAGACGGGGUCUGCGAUCGAAACACGGUUCCCUCAGUGAGCUCCAUCAGCCGCAUUCUGAGAAGUAAAUUUGGGAAAGGAGACGAGGAGGAGGCCGAACUGGAAAGGAAAGAAGCGGAGGAGAGUGACAAGAAGACCAAGCAUAGCAUUGAUGGGAUCCUCAGCGAACGAGCCCCACUCACACCCCAAUCUGAUGAAGGCUCUGACAUAGAUUCUGAACCAGAUUUACCUUUAAAAAGAAAGCAGCGUCGUAGUCGAACAACCUUUACUGCAGAACAACUAGAAGAACUGGAAAGAGCUUUUGAGAGGACCCACUACCCUGAUAUUUACACUCGGGAAGAACUUGCACAAAGAGCCAAACUUACUGAGGCUCGGGUUCAGGUCUGGUUUAGUAACCGUCGUGCUAGAUGGAGGAAACAGGCGGGGGCCAACCAACUGAUGGCUUUCAACCACCUGAUCCCAGGAGGAUUCCCACCCACUGCCAUGCCAACCUUGCCAACAUACCAGCUAUCUGAGCCUUCCUAUCAACCCACCUCUAUACCACAAGCUGUGUCUGAUCCAAGCAGUACAGUCCACAGACCUCAGCCGCUUCCUCCAAGCACUGUACACCAAAGCAACCUCCCUUCAAAUCCAGAGAGCAGCUCUGCGUAUUGCCUACCCAGCACCAGGCAUGGAUUUUCCAGCUAUACAGACAGCUUUGUGCCUCCAUCCGGGCCCUCAAAUCCCAUGAACCCUGCCAUUGGCAAUGGCCUUUCACCUCAGGUAAUGGGCCUCCUGACUAACCAUGGUGGUGUACCUCACCAGCCUCAAACUGAUUAUGCCCUCUCACCCUUAACUGGGGGCCUAGAACCAACCACUACUGUAUCAGCCAGCUGCAGUCAGAGACUAGAUCAUAUGAAAAGUUUAGAUAGCCUGCCUACAUCACAGUCCUACUGCCCACCAACUUACAGCACCACCGGUUACAGUAUGGACCCUGUCACAGGAUACCAGUAUGGACAAUAUGGACAAAGUGCCUUUCAUUAUCUGAAGCCAGAUAUUGCAUAAAUGAACUGUCCACUUCAAGUUAAAGCUUGUCUUGUUUCUGGUCUCACUCCAAUGCUUGGAUGGGAGGGAUCUUCUCACCAAAAUGCAACCCAAUCUGGGGCAAUCACAACAGAGAUACAGGAUCCUUCUGUUCUUUUCUCUCGUCAUUGCUUUCGAUAGACAUUUGGACAUGUUGGACGUAACAGUUCAGAAGACAAAGACCAAGAGCAAUAAAAAAAUAGACAAACAAAUAUAACACAGUUCUGCGUGGGCAAGUAUAAAAAGUGCUGAAGAAUUUAAAAUCACUGACUUGACAAAGCAUUCCAUUUUUACGUUGCUGAAAAAG